CAUUCAUCAUCACUCAAAGGAGAUGACCAAGGUAGGUGCAACCAUCUAUGCGCCGCACGGGUCACUGCUGCUCCCCAACUUCCCCGCUUGUUCUUGUCUUUACAUUCGCAAAUCCACGCAAAUAGCUUCAAGCAACAUUUUGAGACUGUCGAUUUUACACAGUACGGCCACAGCCCCCGGAUGGCACCUCUGCCAUGUCAAUCCAAGAGUUCUCGCAUUCCCCCCGGGCCUCGGGCCAGUCACGCGAUCGCGGUCUUGUCUGGGCGGGGUUUGCAUGUGACCCUACCCACAAACUCUGCCUAGGAACCGCUUCAGAUAUCGACCACACCUCCUCCGGACGCGCUGACUGUCGGUGGAUUCCAGUGCUCAGCUGCAUGUCUGUUUGUCUGCCUUCCAUGUUACAGAGAUCGGUACCCCUUCACUCUUGCCCUGAGGCCCCUGGUUUAUUAGCGCACGCAUCCAAUACACCAAACGAGGACUUAGUAGUUGCAACACACCGAUUGAUACUCCUCAAAGGCGCUUGCCCAUUGAUUAUUGUGUCUGCCGGCAGCCUAUCACUCGACAUGGCCGCUUCUACUCGCUUGAGGCGCCGUGCUAUGUACUCGGGAGCUUUGCCGCAGUCACCACACCACCACAAUUGCCAUUGCAUGUCUUCCUCACCAGCCUCUUUAUAUUCCCUGCCAGGGCGAUAAGCAGCUAAAUCCGCUAAGAAAUGCGAAGGCUAUAACCAUUAUACCGACAACAAACGCAGUCGGACAUGAUCUGUCACUCAUCUGCGAAUGUUUGUUUCACCAAAAUGCCUUGGAUUCCCCCAGCGGGAUUGCGAACUCGCAGGAUCCUUUUCGUUCCGCCAUAUUAGUGAGCGCGCAUCCCAUCAUCUUCCGCUAGUCUCAACAGCAAGAGGAGCUCGAUCUGGAAAAGACCAGCCAUACAG